AUGGCCAAUGAUCAACGCUCAUCAACGAUAUCGUUAGAGUCAGACAUUUCGCAUGGGUUGCAUUCAGAGCAUCCGCAACCUAUUGAACUAGAAAGAACGAGAGACCAGGAGAGGGUAGACGAGGUAGAUGUACAAUCAAAUGAGAAUAUGGACCGGCGAAAAUCGAAUGCUUCGUCCGCGAGACUGAAUAAGGUCCCUGCAAGUGAAAAAAGAGGACUACUUGCUAAUCUUGCAUUGAUCCCAGAAUAUGAGGAUGCCAGAGACUAUCCCAAGUCGUAUAAAUUGACUAUCGUGUUUGUGAUUGCAUUUGCAGCGAUUACCGGGCCCAUGGGGACAUCUAUUAUGUUGCCGGCCAUAGACGAUGUGGUGAAGGAUUUGGACACAACAGGAACGAUUGUAAAUGUAUCCGUGGGUAUGUACUUGUUGUCGUUAGGGAUAUUUCCUAUGUGGUGGUCGACAUUCAGUGAAAAGCAUGGUAGACGGAGUGUCUAUCUUAUCUCCUUCGUAUUAUUUUGCGCGUUUACUAUUGGCGCAGCCUUGUCCCCAAAUAUUGGGGCCUUAAUUGCAUUCAGAAUACUUUCAGGUGGAUGUUCUGCAUCUGUACAGGCAGUUGGAGCAGGAACUGUGGGGGACUUGUAUAUAAACGAGGAAAGAGGAACGGCCAUGGGGUUGUAUUACUUAGGGCCGUUGAUGGGGCCAUUUUUAGCUCCAAUAGUGGGUGGUGCGGUCGCCGAAGCUUGGGGCUGGAGAGCGACCCAGUGGCUUUUGGUAAUAUUCUCAGGCAGCAACGUUAUAUCGAUUAUGAUUUUUUUGCCGGAGACUAUUCGAAAACAAGAUUCAGACAGUGCCAUAAAAGAGAUGUUGCGUCAAUAUCGUAGAGUGGAAGAGACAGAUGAAGACGACCAGAACCUUACAACGGGGGUACCAAUAGCUGUAGACGACAUCCACGGGGAGGAAAACCCGGUAGAAGGUCUCGAAGGAGAAUAUGCAGAAAGAAAACUAGACGAUUCUGAGCUGGGCCAACUGGCUGUAUUACUGAAUGUUCCUACAAAGGAAUCAAAUCAACACUAUUCAGAUGCCGACUUAGCUAGAAUUGCUUCUAGUUUGUCAAGGUCAGGCUCGAGACAAUCAUUGGAUUUGGAAUACGAACGACCAGCAUUUGAUGCAGUAAUGCCUACUUUAGCCAGAUCUUACACUGAUAAGUCAAGCUAUUCUAGAAGAAUUGCAAAGGAGUAUCGUGAAAAUCAAAUUGAUAAUAUCAAUAGAACUUUGUCAGGUGCUGCUCAAGGCACGGAACUGCCCAUCAAGGAACCGACAAAAUGGGAGAAAUUCAAAAUAAAUGCUUACGACUAUACCAUUAGACCCAUGCAUUCAGUAGUUUUAUUGACGCAUCCUCCAGUGGCGUGGGUCAUUGCAUAUUCAGCAAUUGUUUUUGGAGUAUUGUAUUUUUUCAAUAUGACCAUUGCUUACGAGUUCAAACAGGAGCCAUACGAAUUUCUGACAAUUAUCGUUGGUCUAUUGUAUAUACCCAACUCAGUUACAUAUGUUGUAGCUUCUAUUCUGGGUGGUAAAUGGAAUGAUUAUUUAUUGAAGAAGUAUGCUAAAAAACACAAUGGGGAAAUGGUACCAGAAUCUCGUAUCUCCUGGAAUGUUUUAACAGCUAUUAUCCUAUUCCCUCCAGCUUGUCUUAUCUUUGGGUGGUGUCUAGACUUCGGAACGCACUGGGUGACACCAUUAAUUGGUACUGCUUUAUUUGGAUUUGCCUCAAUGUUAGUGAUUGGAGCAACCGUGACUUAUUUGGUAGAUACAUUACCCGGGAAGGGUGCGACGGGGGUUGCAUUGAACAAUUUAAUCAGACAAACGAUAGCUGCCAUAGCUACAUUUGUUGUUGAACCCCUUUUGAGGGCAAUUGGCCCCGGUAUUUUAUUUUCUAUUUUAAUGGGAAUAAUGACAGUAGCCGCUUUUACUUUAGUGGUAUUAAAAAGGAAUGGUGCUUACUACAGAGAGCAUUCAGAUUUGAGUAAGCUCUACGAAAUGCUUUAA